UCAUUUAUUGACUUUCACUUCGAGGGAGGGAAAAAAAGAGCUGCUUUUUCCCCUCAAAAGCUUUUGAAGGAGGAGGCUUGGAAAAGAAGGGGUUGAGAUGGGGUUAUGUGGCAGCCGAUUGGUGUCGAACCCAUCACGGGGGAGACUCAACCGCCGUCCCAAACGGCGUUCCAGAAUCUCUUCGUUUUUCAUCUGCGGUGGCUCUUCGUCUCAUGCUCCUCUUGAUAGGGAAGCUUAUCCAACUGGAAUCCUAGUGAAGUCAGCAGAGCACUGUGACCCAGUUACCAACAUCGUCCGAAGUCCAUUGGAGGAAUCUGCUCUGAUCUGCAGUAUGGGAACAAGAUUUAGCAGCAUAGACACUGAAACUGGACUUUCAGCUGAAAGCAAUACUGCUGUCAGUGAGGAUUCAUCUGUUGAAGGUGAUUCUAGAGAUGUAGAAAAAAGUAACUGUAGGAAAUGCUUGACUGAAAAUACAGAGUUAGUUGCUCCUCAGGUAAGUGCUGACUAUAGUCGUGGUGAAUCUCGUAGGGAUAGCAGUACCUCAGCUUACACUCCCUUAUUAGAACAACAGUCUUCGAACACUGGCUCACUAAACCUUUCUGCUAAUGAGGAUGCAGUCAGAUCUGAUGCAAACAAUGCUGCAUAUCAGAUGUGUCCUGAGUCGGGUAUUUUAUCUCCUCAAGGGCUUGAAGACUCACAUUCACGUAGGAUAUGUGUUGAGAAUCAGUUGGGUGAAGUAACAACAGUCGAUGACUCUGGUUCUGCUCCUGCUUCUGCUCCUCAUGCCUCAGAACCGGAGACUUCUCACUUAUUAGGCCGUGAAUCCAUUUUAGAGGCAAUGCCUUCAGGUUUAGGAUUUAUCGUCUCCAAUAGGGAAAGGGGCCAGGGAGAUGGAAGUAUUCUUCAUGUUGAUCUUGUGAGUCUCUCUUCCAAUAUUUUAUCUGGUGGCAGUGCUGAAACUAGCAAUCGUGAAGCCAGGAGGAACAAUAGAAGAUUGUUCUCAGAUGCUUUUUCGAGACGCAGUUUUAGAAGAAAUGAUAAUUCCCCGUCCAUUUUUCUUUCAAUGGAUGAUGAUAAUGAUACAGGGUUUGAUAACAGAUGGCUCUUUGAUUUCAAUGGUGAUUUCCUUUAUGAUGGAGCCCUAGGUGAUUCUGGUUACCUUAGAAGUAGAACUUAUAGAUUGAAUGAACGACGACGACGCUCGAGAUUAGAGAUCUGGGAAAGGCUGCGCGGUGGAAAUGAUGAAAAUAGUCGGCCAACUACAUUCUGUCCUUCUGGAAUCCACCCUGAUGGCUCUUGCUCCUGUGAUUCUUACUUGAGGACUGAUGAGCCAAGUGCUCGUGUAAGCAUAUCACGAAUAGUAAUGCUUGCUGAGGCUCUAUUUGAGGUUUUGCAUCGUCAACCAGUAGCACUUUCCCUAUCCAUGGUAUCACCGCCAGCUCCUGAAUCUGUAGUUGAUUCUUUCCCUCUCAGAAGUCACACAAAAGUGAAUGCAGCCGAAUGCAGGGAUGCUGUUGAACAGUGUCAUAUAUGCUUGGCUGAAUACGAGGAAGGGGACAAAAUAAGAGUUCUGCCUUGCCAGCACGAGUUUCACAUGGUGUGCGUGGAUAAAUGGCUCAAAGAGAUACACGGGGUGUGCCCGCUUUGCAGAGGCGAUGUUCGUAACGGUGGGGAGUCCUCUGUGUCAAACCCUGAGAUUCAGAUUCCAUCUCUUUGAUCAAACUGUACACAUGUAAAUAUAGUAAUGAAUUCUUUUACAAAUAUAUACCAUGUUGUAGCAUCUUAUCUCCUCAUAGAUGUGACCUAUAUGGAAUUAGGAAGUGGGAUAUUUCUGGCCUUGCA